CUCUCGUUGUCUUAGAUGUCUUUCAAGAGAGGAAUCUGAGAAGAAGGUUGCUGAAAUUAUUAAGCUAUAUUUCUUGUGUUUAAAAGUCAAAUGGCGAGCGAUUUAAUAUGGAUACAGCGCACUGUGAGAAUAAUGUUCUUCUGUUCGUUUUUGCACUUCGCCUCCCUCACCGGCUACGACCUCCUUGAUCCGGACGACGAGCCACUCUCCCCGGACGACUACAUCCGCUACUCUUACAAGUACGACCAGGAAGAGUACGACGACCUUGGAUUCCCCGUUGACGACCACCGAGCGAAGGACGACGACGAGGAGGAGGACGUGUUACCGCUCGAGUUCGUGUACGACAGGAGGUUCCCGUCCAGGUUCCUGCCGAUCGACCGUAGGGGCCGCUUCGACCUCCUCAACCCAGACCUCGGCCCGGAAGGAGUACCCUUCGUCGAGGGAGACAUGGUUUUCCCAGAAAAGCCUUCACCUCCAGGAGGAGAGGGGGCGGGGGUGGGUGAGGAGGGAGGACGGAAGCUCGUGUCGCAGGAACGGCUGCUUUGGCCGCCGCAUCCGGAUACUGGCCUCCCCUUCGUGCCGUUUGUCAUUCACAGCUCGGCCAAGAAAAUCCGGCCCCUGCUCGAAAAGGCCAUCCGCACGUGGGAGAACCGCACCUGUAUCACCUUCAAGGAAAUACCCUUAGAAGACGAGGACGACCUGCAUGGCUACUCAGAUUCCCAGCAGCGCCUUCGGGGGCCAUUCCUCGUGUUCGUACGGAGUUCCGGUUGCUGGAGCUACGUCGGGAGGCAGUACUGGCGGCGGUGGGGCCAGAGACUCUCGAUCGGGCGGGGGUGCACGAAGCUCGGCACAGUAUUGCAUGAAAUCGGCCAUGCACUCGGCCUUCUGCAUGAACAAUCCCGGAGCGACCGAGACGAGCAUGUGAAAAUCUUGUGGGAGAAUAUCAUACUAGGGAAACAGAAGAAUUUUCGUGUGUGGAAAGACAGUCGAUUUGAUGGAGUUCCUUAUGAUUACUCUUCCGUCAUGCACUAUGGGAGUUAUUUUUUCAGCCAAGGCGGCCAGCCGACGAUCCUCCCCAGGAACCCCUUCCACCAGCCCCUCCUAGGCCAGCGGGAUGGCUUUUCCUUCAGGGACACUGCGGCGGUCAACUCCAUCUAUGGCUGCGUUAAGCGAUGGGAAGCCUCCUGUGGCGCCGCGACUCCGAAGUGCGAGAACGGAGGCUACAUCUUCCGGAACUGCCGCUGCCUGUGCCCGCCCGGAACAGCUGGACCCACGUGCGCCGCUGUGGUUGGGGACUAUUACCCCCAGCUGAAGUGUGGCGGUAACGUGACGUCAUCGCAAACCAUUUCGUCACCAGGACAUCCACGACCCUUUCCUGCGAAUAGUAGCCUGGUGCAUGUGGUGGGCGAGAGCGCCGCGCCCAUGCCAGCGCGUGAGGCUCGUCGUGGACGCCUUCCAUCUCCUGCGAGGCGUGGGCGGAGUCUGCCACUGGGACAUGUUCGAGGUCCGGCUGCGGGAUCCCUUGGAGGCGGGCGGCGCGUACUGCGGCGCCGACCUGUCUCCCGGCCAAGAGCUCAUCUCCGAAGGCCGCGACAUGUUCAUCGUCUUCCGCGGGAAAUAUGGCUACGUAAAGGGGUUUUCGGCUCGGCUGGACUUCGUCGAGGGAAGAGGACGGAGCGGAGGAUGCGAGGAAUCGACAGGGGAAAUGGGAGAGGAAGAAGGCGAAGCAGGAGAACGAAGAGGAGGGAGAGAAAGAGUAGGAGGAAGUGGCGACGUUGAUGGCGGGAAUUCGCUGUUAUGAUGAGUAACAUCGGAAAUCGACGAAUUCACUUCCUGCAAGGAGUUUCCCGUCGAUGUUGAACAGAAGCUUUGCAGUGUUGGAACUUGGUUGGUAUUUGCAAUUGGCAAUAAGAAUGAUUAUGAUGGUUCAUCGUGAUGAGUGGAAACUACAGAAGUACUGCAAAUAAAUGCUGAUAUUGAA